GAUUUAAGUAGACAAUUGAAUGAUUGUUUUCAUUUAUCGAUAUCUUACUUUGCUUUAAGUCAAACACAAUUUCAUCAAUUAUUUCGUCAAUGUAUUUAUUCACGUACAAAAUUAAAUAAAACUGAUCUUACAAAACAUGAACAACAUUUGAUUGAUUUAUAUCAAAUGAUUCAUCGUUUACAAAUUCAACGUGAAGACGAACUCAAUCGAUUAUUAACAUAUUAUCUUGAAUGUUUAACUGGAAGUGAAUUAUAUUCUACAUUUGUACCUUGUAUUAAUAGUGAUAAAGCAAAUUCAAUUUUUAUUGCUUAUUAUGCUAUGUAUUAUUCUACAACUUAA